AUGAUGGCUACUUUCCUUAUACGUAUCAUUUCGUUUUUCUCAUUAUGUCAUCUGGCACUUGGUAAUACUGAAACAUAUCAGUUUCAUGUUCCAAAGGAUUUUCCAGAGUUAAGCCCAUCAUAUGUACCGAAGUUGCCUUAUAUCAAUGCACGGAAUACAACAUUUAGGACUAUCACUACCCACCUUCAACCUGAGGCUAAGACGUUUGUGGAAUUGACAGGACUAAAGAAAAAUGAAAACUAUAUGGUCAAAAUUUGUUGGACAGGAAUUGAUCCUAUUUCCCUUAAAUCGAUUCGUCAUCAAUUCAUACCUCAUGGCACCGUAUUUAAAGGCACUUUAAGCACACAGACCAGAGCAGUCAUCCUUAUAGAAACAAGAGCAGAUUCUUAUCCCAUUUUACAAGAUAAAGUAAAGGUAGAUGUUAGCUUGGCAGUGAUAAAACUUGGAAUUCCUGUUGACAUGUAUUCAAUACUGUUCUAUCUCGCAUGCGUAUUAAUAUGUGCGAUUUCCUUUAUACGGGCUAUAGACCCCUUCCAACUUCUCGAAGUACGUAAACAGAAUAAAUCAGAUUGA